AUGUCGGAUUUGUCAGCAUCAACAAUUGAAUCAACUUCAACAAUAGUUUCGGAAUCUACACUUGUUCCUGCACCAACAAUAACAUCAACAACUGCUAAUCAAAGAAAUUUAGAAGUUCCAUCAGAAUUAACACCAUCUCCGAUAACAUCAUCUAAAACAACAACAUUAAUAUCCCCUUCUUCUUCUCCCGAAUCCUCGAAAUCAUUAUCAUCGGUGUAUUCUGAAAUACCAUGA